UCUGUACCUGUUCAAGCUGGGUCUCGCCCCUCAGAUUACUGACCUUUAUGGCAAGGUCGCUUUCACAGAGGAGGAGAUUAAUAACAUGAAGAGUGAGCUGGAGAAGUACAACAUUCAGAUGCCAGCAUUCAGCAAGAUUGGUGGGAUCCUGGCCAAUGAGCUUUCUGUAGAUGAAGCAGCUUUGCAUGCUGCAGUGAUCGCCAUCAACGAAGCCAUAGACCACGGAGACCCCCAGGGCACUCUAGCAGCCAUGAGAAACCCCAAUGCUAUGCUGCUUCAUCUGGACGAGAGCUCCGCCCAAAACUACCAGGACACGCUGUUCCAGGCCAAAGCUGAGAAAGUGGCAAACUCUAGAAAAAGGAUCGGGGAGAACGCAGAUGCAGAGAGGGAUGUCUAUGAGGAACUGCUCACUCAGGCUGAAAUUCAGGGAAAUGUCAACAAAGUCAAUGUGACCAGUGCCCUGAGUUCCAUGGAACAGGCUCUGCUCAGUGGCGAUGAGGACAGACUGUUUGAGGCUCUCUUAUCCCCAGCUCUGGGUCUGCAGUCCUUGAAGUCCAAAAACAAGGGCUGGUAUCUUAAACAGCUGCUGGCAGAUCGUGAGGCUAAGGAGCAGAACACUCCAGGAGAGGCGCUGACCAGAGAAGAGCUGCAGGCUGGGGUAGAUGUGGCCAAUGGGAUUGCAGACAGUUAUCUGAAAAUGCUGCAGGCUGUUGACAGGAUAAAUGCAGCCAUUAGGAAGGGCGUGGCUGAGGACACGGUGAAUGAGUUGAUGAACCCGGAGGCUCAGUUACCCCCAGUCUACCCCAGUGCUGCAGAUCUUUACCAGAGAGAGCUCUUCAGCCUGCAGCAGCAAAGCCCCGAGGGCUCUCUUACACACCCAGAGCUGCUGGUUGCGGUGGAGAUGCUGUCAUCGGUGGUCCUGAUAAAUGAGGCUCUGGAUGUGGGCGACCGAGCGGCUGUUUGGAAGCAGCUCAGCAGCUCCGUCACCGGCCUCAGCAACGUAGAGGACGAAUAUGCUCAGAGGUAUAUGGACGAGCUCAUGCACCUCAAGGCUGCGGCGAGAGAGGAGGGCAGUGCGUACCUCACCUGGAACGACAUACAGGCCUGUGUGGACCAGGUGAACGGUGCUGUCCAGGAGGAGCAUGAGAGAAUCGCCGCUAUCGGUCUGAUUAACGAGGCUCUGGAUGAAGGCGACCCAAAGAAGACCCUGGAAGCUCUGCAGCACCCCGCAGCCAAGCUCACAGACGUGGAUCCGUCCAUAUCUCAGCAUUACUUCAACAAACUGCUGGAGGCUCGGAGGGAAAAGGCUCAUGAAACCCGGGACCCCUCAGCUGUGCUGUGGCUGGAUGAGAUUCAGGAGGCCAUUCUGAGAGCCAAUAAGGACACAGAGGAGGCCCUGCAGUUCUCUCAGGCGAUCCAGGCUAUAAACGAGGCUGUGGACAGUGGAGAAGCUACCCAGACACUUUCUGCCCUGCGAGCUCCUGGUGCCAACCUGUACGGGGUGACCCCAGAGUGCGCCCAGACCUACCAGCAGGACCUGGCCAAGAUCAAAGAGGAGAAACAGGCAGAGGGUGAUAAUGGCAGCGAGUGGAUGAAGCACUGGGUGAAGGGCGGCCAUAACUAUUACUACAACCUGAAGACCAGUGAAGGAACCUGGGACCAGCCUGCAGACUUUGUGCAGAACAACAAACAGCUGAACAAGGAUGAAAUCCAGUCUGUUGUGUCAGGAGUGACUGCAGCCUACAACCGCGAGCAGCUAUGGCUGGCCAAUGAGAGCCUCAUUGCUAAGCUGCAGGCACGUUGCCGUGGUUUCCUGGUGAGGAGAAGUUUAAAAGAGCGUCUCAGAUUCUUGGAAACACAGGAUCCAGCCAUCAAAUGCAUUCAGGCCCACUGGAGGGGUUACAAAGAGAAGAAGGCCUUUAAUGAGAGGAAACAGUUCCUGAAGGAUCACACUGAAGAUGCUGUGAAGAUCCAGUCAAUGGUUCGAAUGCAUCAGGCUCGCAAAAAGUACAGAGACCGGCUGAAGUAUUUCAAGGACCAUAUCGACGAUGUGGUGAAAAUUCAAGCUUUCAUCAGAGCCAACAAAGCAAGGGAUGACUACAAGACACUCAUCAAUGCAGAUGACCCACCGAUGGCUGUAGUUCGUAAGUUUGUGCAUCUGCUGGACCACAGUGACCAGGACUUCCAGGAGGAGCUAGAACUGAUGCGUCUGAGAGAGGAAGUGAUCACAAACAUCCGCUCCAACCAGCAGCUGGAGAACGACCUUAACCUGAUGGACAUCAAGAUCGGUCUGCUAGUGAAGAACAAGAUCACCCUGCAGGAAGUGGUGUCCCACAGCAAGAAGCUGACCAAGAAGAACAAGGGCGAGCUGUCCAACCUCAUGAUGAUGAACAAGCAGAAGGGAGGACUGAAGGCUCUCAGCAAGGAAAAGAGAGAGAAGCUGGAGGCCUACCAGUACCUCUUCUACCUGCUGCAGACUAAUCCCACCUACCUGGCCAAGCUGAUCUUCCAGAUGCCCCAGAACAAAUCCACCAAGUUCAUGGACUCUGUGAUUUUCACCUUAUACAACUACGCCUCCAACCAGCGGGAGGAGUAUCUGCUGCUCAAACUCUUCAAAACCGCUCUGCAGGAGGAAAUAAAAUCAAAAGUGGACCAGAUCCAGGAGAUCGUAACUGGAAACCCCACAGUAAUAAAGAUGGUGGUGAGCUUCAACAGAGGAGCUCGGGGUCAGAACGCCCUGCGGCAGAUUCUCUCUCCGGUCGUUAAGGAAAUCAUGGACGACAAGACGCUGAACAUCAAAACUGACCCAGUGGACAUUUAUAAGAGCUGGGUUAAUCAGAUGGAGUCUCAAACAGGAGAAGCCAGCAAACUGCCUUAUGACGUCACACCAGAGCAAGCGAUGAGCCACGAGGAGGUUCGCAACCGGCUAGAGGCAUCUAUCAAGAACAUGCGCACCGUUACCGACAAGUUCCUGUCGGCCAUCGUUGUUUCUGUUGACAAAAUCCCGUACGGGAUGCGUUUCAUAGCCAAAGUGCUGAAGGACACACUUCAUGAGAAGUUUCCUGAUGCCACGGAGGAUGAGCUUUUGAAGAUUGUUGGAAAUCUGUUGUAUUAUCGCUAUAUGAACCCAGCCAUUGUGGCCCCUGAUGCAUUUGACAUUAUCGACAUGUCUGCUGGAGGUCAGCUGACCACUGACCAGCGUCGGAACCUGGGCUCCAUUGCCAAAAUGCUGCAGCACGCUGCCUCAAACAAGAUGUUUCUCGGAGAUAAUGCCCAUCUAAACCCCAUCAAUGAGUACCUCACAAACUCCUACCAGAAAUUCAGGCGCUUCUUUUUGGCAGCAUGUGAUGUCCCGACGCUGGAGGAGAAAUUUAAUGUGGAUCAGUAUUCAGACCUGGUUACUGUGUCCAAGCCGGUUAUUUAUAUUUCCAUCGGUGAAAUCAUCAAUACUCACACGCUCUUGCUGGAUCACCAGGAUGCCAUCGCUCCAGAGCACAAUGACCCCAUUCACGAGCUGCUGGAGGAUUUGGGAGAGGUGCCUACCAUCGAAAGUCUAAUAGGUGAGAAUCCACUGCCGCCUGAUGACCCUAACAAGGAGAUGAUGGGCAAGACGGAGGUGUCUCUCACCCUGACCAACAAGUUUGAUGUUCCCGGUGAAGCCAAUGCUGAAAUGGAUGCCAAGACUCUUCUACUGAACACCAAGAGGCUCAUUGUGGAUGUGAUCAGGUUCCAACCCGGAGAAACGCUCUCGGAAAUCCUGGAAACUGCUGCAACUCCAGAACAGGAAGUAGAGUACCAGCGGGCCAUGCAGCGGCGAGCUAUUCGUGACGCUAAAACUCCAGAAAAGAUGAAGCAGACAAAACCAGUGGUGGAUGACAGCCUCACCCUGCAGGGCAAGAAGGACAAGAUCAAGAGCAACCUUCAGAGACUGGCAGAGCUGGGCAAAGUUCAUCCAGAGAACAGAUACCAGGAUCUGAUUAACGACAUCGCUAAAGAUAUCCGGAAUCAGAGAAGGUAUCGUCAGAGAAGGAAGGCUGAGCUGGUAAAGCUUCAGCAGACCAACUCUGCUCUCAACACGAAGACCAGUUUCUACAAUGUGCAGAUCGACUACUAUAACCAGUAUAUCAAGACCUGCAUGGAUAAUCUGGCCAGCAAGGGCAAGGUGUCUAAAAAGCCUGGAGAUAACAAGGCCAAGAAGAGUAAGCAGGCCUCACAGAAGUAUACAGCAGCUCGGCUGCAUGAGAAGGGAGUGCUGAUCGAGAUCGAGGACCUUCAGACAAAUCAAUUUAAGAAUGUGCAUUUUGAGAUCUCCCCGUCUGAGGUUGUGGGAGUGUUUGAAAUAAAAGCCAAGUUUAUGGGAGUGCAUUUGGAGACGCUAAUGUUAGAAUACCAGGACCUUCUGCAGUUGCAGUAUGAGGGUGUGGCAGUCAUGAAACUGUUUGACCGAGCCACUGUCAACGUCAACCUGCUCAUUUUCCUGCUUAAUAAGAAAUUUUACGGCAAAUAGAAGAAACUUUAUAGAUUGCACAUCUCCAGUGCUGCCAUUUAUCUUUUUAAUCACUUGGAAUGUGCCUGUAUAUCAGUCGUGCCUUAUCCUGAAUCAUGCUUUUCUAACUGUAUGUCCAUAAAUGCAGUUCUGCAGUUGCUGGAAUUUUCAUUUGUUAGAAAUCGGUCAGCAUUUAAACAUAUCUGUAUUAGUUAGCUUUACUCUGCUUGCCUGCGCUUUCAACAUCAUGUUUAUGUAAAGAAAUCAGAAGAAUGUUUAUUUGAUGUUUUGUUUUUCUUUUGGUUCAUUAAAUCAUUAAAUUAAAUUGUAUUAUCAUUAAAUAAAUCUUUAAAUUGUAUUGCUUGGGAGAAUGGACCAUGUCUCUCGGUUCCCCCGUCCUAUAGGACGUUUUCAGCUGGAGAACUUCACCUCUAUACUUUCAUACAGUCGAAAUUAUAUUUAUUAGGCGGAUCUUUGCAACCGACCUUACUUAAAGUUUUGUGACCCAAGCGUGGGUUGUAUUCUCUUGUCAAAUUGUAAUUUAUUGGGGAAAAAGUAGUUAUUUUCCUCCCAGCUUCAGACGCUGUAUGCUGGAUGAAUAGUACCUUCAUUUCCUUCUAGUGUCUUAGCUUUUCUGUUUUCAAAUUUUGUUUUAUAUUAACUUAAAUAAAAGUCAAAUAAAUAAUCAUAUCAUCUUAAGAAGACUCUUAUGUUCCUGCUUUAUGACUUAGUGUUUACUGCACUGGAAGGGUAGUGUUGCUAUAGCUGUUUGUAACUUGUGUUGUUCACAGGAUUGUAGAUUUCUAGUCUCUGUAGUAAAUAGUUGAAUCUGAUUAUACUGAACUUUUUUGUCACUGAACAUAUUUUUCUGUAUGCAUGCAUUUACUGUACGUUGUCACUUUGACAGAACUCGAACAUGGAAUAAUUUACUUCAAUAUUAGCCCACUCAAAUUUGUAAUGUUUUAAUUUUGUACCUUCCAUUAUGCUGCCUUUUUUUCAGAUAUCUGGUGUUAAAGGAACCAGGACCAACAAAAUGAUAAACAAAACAAAAAGUAUCAUUUAACAUUAACAAAUAAAGAGAAAUACAUUAUUUACA